AUGGCUAACAAGAAUAACGUUGUUAUUGUUGCUAAUGAUAACGAUAGAGAUAAGUACAAUGCAAAACCUCCUGUAUUCAGUAGAGAAAAGUUUAAAUACUGGAAAAACAAGAUUGAAAACUAUUUUAUGGCUUAUGACUUUGAUCUAUGGGAUACCGUAGUUGAUGGCUACAGUCACCCAGUAGAUGAGAGAGUCGUGAAGAUGGCUAGAAGCGACAUAACAAUUGAUCAGAAAAAGGCAUACAAGAAUCACUUCAAAGCAAGAUCAAUUAUGCUAUCUGCUAUAUCUUAUAAUAAGUAUGAGAAGAUCACAGACAAAGAGACUGCAAAGUCUAUUUUUGAUUCUCUUCAGAUGAAUCAUGAAGGCAAUGCUCAAGUUAGAGAAACAAAGGCUCUAGCUCUUAUCCAGAAAUAUGAAGCUUUCAAAAUGGAAGAUGAUGACACCAUUGAAGAAAUGUUCUCAAGAUUUCAGACGCUUGCUGCAGGACUCAGAGUUCUGGAUAAGGAAUAUUCUACUACUGAUCACGUUAAAAAGAUUAUCAGAAGUCUGCCAAAGAAAUGGAGACCAAUGGUAACUGCCUUGAUAGUGUCCAAGGAUUUGAACAGCACGAGUCUUGAAGAAUUAAUUAGUUCUUUAAGAAGUCACGAGAUUCAGCUUCUGGAAGAUGAACCUCAAAGGAAAGCAAAAUUUGUGGCUCUAAGAAGACUUGGCCAGUUAUGGAAAAAUAAGAUAAACAAAUUCAGAAGACCAAGAAGAACAAGAGAUAUAACUGAAUUAUCUGGUCUAAGGAAAGCUACUGGAAAUGAAGUUACAUGUUUUGAAUGUAAAGAGCCUGGACACUACAUAAAUGAUUGUCCAAAGCUCAAGAAAGAUAAGAAACCCAAGAAGGACUUCAAAGGAAGGAAGGGUCUCAUGGAAACAUGGGAUGACUCAGAAUCAGAAGAUGAAGCUUCUGAUGAGGAACAUGCUAACAUGGCACUCAUGGCCGGUGCAAGUGGUUACGUUUCAGAAAGUGGACAGAUAACUGAUGAUGAGUCCGAUUCUGAUGACGAAGCAGAGGUAAUGGCUUCCCUCUCUCGAUCUAAACUUGAAUUUUGUUUUUCAGAAGCAAUGAAAAGAUAUCAACUUCUUAAAAGUGAUCACAAAAUUCUGAAAAGAAAAUUUGAAAUCACUUCUGAAGCUUUUACUAAGAAGGAGAAACUUAUUUAUGAUUUGAAUGAAAAAUUACUUACUUUAGAAAAAUCAAAUCAUGCUCUUGUUAGUAAAAUUUCAAAGCUAGAAGAAGAUAUUAUCUCUGGCACAUCUGUUACUGAUGAAGUAAUCAGAUAUGAUAGAACUUCUUAG